AUGUUAAAUUUUACAAUAACUUUGUAAAUAGUUUUCCUUUCAACUUUACAGAUUUCCUGUAAUGAAACGGUGGACUACGAGGGAUCCAAGAUUAAAACAUCUUUCUCCAGAACAAGAUGGCAUUGACGAGGCAGAGAUGACGCUAGCUGAUACUCCAAACGAAUUUAAAUUGGAUAAUUUGCCUCGGGAUCUUGUGUCUGCUGUAAAAUUUGGACCAACAUCUAACCAGUUCUUACUUGCAUCAUCUUGGGAUGCAACAGUUCGUUUGUAUGAUGUUACAAAUAAUACAAUGAGGCUCAAAUAUAACCACCAGGCUCCAGUUUUGGACUGUUGUUUUCAGGAUGCUGUCCAUGCUUGGAGUGGUGGCUUGGAUUGCCAAGUCAAAACAUUUGAUUUUAACUCAACAACUGAGACUCAUGUUGGUUCUCAUGAUGCACCUAUAAAAUGUGUUGAAUAUUGUCCUGAAGUUAAUGUUGUUAUUACUGGCAGUUGGGAUCGAACUGUUAAAAUGUGGGACUCAAGGUCUAACCAAUGUGCUGGAACAUUUACUCAACCAGACAAAGUUUAUACAAUGGCUGUUUGUGGUGAUAAACUAAUAGUAGGUACAGCUGGCAGAAGAGUUCUAGUAUGGGACCUGCAAAAUAUGGGUUAUGUUCAGCAGCGUCGAGAAUCAAGUCUUAAAUAUCAGACAAGAUGCAUACGUUGUUUCCCUAAUAAACAAGGAUAUGUGCUCAGCUCAAUAGAAGGUCGAGUAGCUGUUGAGUAUCUUGAUCCCAGCCCAGACGUGCAAAAGAAAAAAUAUGCUUUUAAGUGUCACAGAAUAAAAGAGAGCAGUGGAGUAGAAUUUAUUUUUCCUGUAAACACUAUAGCUUUCCAUAAUGGUUACAAUACUUUUGCAACAGGAGGCUCAGAUGGAUUUGUCAACAUAUGGGAUGGUUUCAACAAGAAACGUUUGUGUCAGUUUCAUCGUUAUCCAACUCAUAUUUCCUCAUUAGCGUUCAGCCCAGAUGGCACAAUUCUAGCCAUUGCAUCGUCUUACAUAUACGAAAUGGAUGCAAAAGAUAUCCCACCAGAUGCAAUCUAUAUAAGGACAGUUACAGACCAAGAAACCAAACCUAAAUAAAAUUGUCUUGUAAAAUCGUUUUGUAAACUAGAUCUGUAGUGAAAUUUUAAUCUUAUCUGUAGAAAAUUUUUUUCUUUUCGUAUUGCAUUUUAUACGUAUCCCUUAAUAAUAAUUUUUCCUUAGAAUGUUUAAUGACUGAUAAUGUUUCUUGUUCUUGAAAAUAUUGAAAUUAAAGUUAUUAAUAUUUAUAAAAUAUUGAUUUGAAAGUAUUUUAAAAUAAGUUUUUUAUUUAAAAUAUCUUAUUUAUAUAAAUCUUAUUUCUUACAUAAAUAUAUCUUAUUUCUUAUUUAUAUAAAUAAGUUCUUACGAAGCAUUAUUAUGUAAUCCUUGGUUUUAAAUUAUGAGUAAAUUGACCUUACAUUUGUUUGUAAUUCACUCUAAGAAACAUAACUUCUAUUUAAUGCUUUCUACUGGUAGGGUUUUCAUCAAAUAUCUGAUAUAAACAUAACUGUUUUAUGAGAGCCUGAUAUAUUAUUUUUCGAAGUUAAGUUCUUGAAUAUUUUUUGUCUAAAUAAAUGAUUUGUAUUUAUUUCAGAUAUUAUUUAAUGAUUUCAACUGCAUUAUCUGAGAAUAAUCUAAAAGUCUUGAUCUUUUAUUAUUAAUUAUUAAAUGGAAAAAUUUAUUUUAACUGCAAAAUUCUUCUAACUAAAAAUAAGUGAUUGAAUGAGUUAAAUGAAGUUUGUAUAUUUUUGAAUUAUGCUGAGCUUGUAUAUUCAUUUCCGGUAUAUACUUGGACACAAGCUACCCAAAGUAGAUAAUUUGGGGGGGGGAGGGGAAAAAAAAAGAAAAAGUAUAGAAUAAUUGCUAAUGUAAUUUCAUGGAUAUGAUGUUAAGGUAUAAUUCCAUGGUUCCAGCUGGUAAUGAUUAAGAAUUAAAAUGAAGAUCUGCAUUUAUUGCUUUUAAGUUAUUUAAUUUGUUAAUUAAUAACAAUAAAUUUGAAAGAAAAAUGUA